AUGAAGGCAAGUUACAAGUUCUUCCCUACGAAAGGCUUGUCCCAAUUGCUAGUGACACCAUCUCUGCUUUCUGGUGCUGGACUAUAUAAUGCUAAGGCAGAGACCGGGAAGCUGUGCGACGAUCUGACCGGCCGCAGCUCCCCUUAUCUCCCGUUUCACGUCGGGCAAAGCUCCGCAUGUUGUAUACCGCCCGCGAAAACCGACAACUCAUCAAAAGUGCGGCUCCAAAAAGCUGCUGUUCACCGAAUUGCCCAAGCAUGGAGCAUAAAGGCACCCAGCUUCAGCUCUCCAGCGAUCAAUUUGCUUCAUCACAGCUGCAGCCAUUAUGUUGCAAGAGGCUGCGUAGCGUUCAUAGCAGGUCCCCCCUCCGAGGUUUUGGCAGCCAUUGGCAUGCCGAUCUCUGGCCCCAGGCGCCUUCCAGCACUCGUUCUUGUGUUGGCCGCCCCCUGCCUAUGGGCUGAAAGAGGUUCUUUAGACAGUGGUCAAAGCUUGUCGCUCGAUCAAGCAGUCGCGAACGGCUUCACCUACAACGAUAUUGUUGAAGCUUUGCAGGAGCUACAACACGAGAAAAUCGCAGAGGAGACUCGGUCAGUCAGCCGAGUCAGCCAACACGCCUACGACACAUCGGAGCCCGCUGGAGUUGUAGACCAAGGCCAAGACGAGGCAAGCACCACAGACGCGGAGACGAGCACGACGACCACGACCGAGACGAUUGGGGCACAGUCUGGCUCAGAUGCCGAGUCUGAUACGAGCGACCAGAAUGGGCAGGCUGCGCAGGAUAGUGUAAAGUUGAAGCAGCGCUUCUACAGUCACUUCCGGUCCAAGCAGGAAGAAGACAGCCGGCAGUUUGCAAAGUUCCCGGAGAUGGUGGAAAUCCUGGAGUCAAAGGCGAACCAGGUCAUGACAAGGAGCAGACGCUGGAAAAGCUUGUUGGAGAAGAUCAACCAGGGCAACAGGAAUUUCACAAAUAUGAUCAAGAAGUUCGGCUCAGCAGUCAAAGAGGACAAUCUGGCGAAGGUACAGCGCGUCGUUACAGUGCUUAAUGGUUCGGAAUCCACUCCGGCCUCAUCCAGCUCAACAUCCACUACAGUGACCCCGGCAGCUCAGACUGCCCCAUCAGAACUUGGACUUGACGAGGAUGAAGACGAAGAUGACGAAGAUGAAGACACACAAGACGAGGAAGGGGAAGAUGAAGACGAUUUUGCCGAGCAGUCGGAUCCGAGUGUUGCGAAUGUCAAUCAGGCACAGCAGACGGCACAAGCACUAGCGCCGAUUCGGCGAGUUACAACAUCAAGUCUUUUCGGCGAGACUGACGACAGUGAAGUAGAGCCAUCCACAACCGUGAUGGAUGACACCACCCCCGCACCCGGUCGCCUGGGCAUAGACGACAACACUGUCGAGGACGAUGAUUCAUGA